AUGACUGAAGGAUUCCCAUUCUGUUGUGGCCAGCACACUGGAAUAGACAGAGGGAGAAGUAUGUAUUCCCGUGUGCCAGAGUGCCAGCUCACCACAUACUAUUAUGUUGGGUUUGCAUAUUUGAUGAUGUGUUGCUACCAGGAUGCCAUCCGGGUCUUUGCCAACAUCCUCCUCUACAUCCAGAGGACCAAGAACAUGUUCCAGAGGACCACAUACAAGUAUGAGAUGAUUAACAAGCAGAAUGAGCACAUGCAUGCUCUGCUGGCCAUUGCCCUCAUGAUGCACCCCAUGAGUAUCGAUGAGAGCAUUCACCUCCAGCUGCAGGAGAAAUACGGGGACAAGAUGCUGCACAUGCAGAAAGGUGUCCCACAAGUCUAUGAAGAACUUUUCAGUUACUCCUGCCCCAAGUUCCUGUCGCCUGUAGUGCCCAACUAUGAUAAUGUGCACCCCAACUACCAUAAAGAGCCCUUCCUGCAGCAGCUGAAGGUGUUUUCCGAUGAAGUACAGCAGCAGGCCCAGCUUUCAACCAUCUGCAGCUUCCUCAAGCUCUACACCACGCCUGUGGCCAAGCUGGCUGGCUUCCUGGACCUUGCAGAGCAGCAGUUCAGGAUCCAGCUUCCUGUCUUCAAACACAAGAUGAAGAACCUGGUGUGGACCAGUGGCAUCACAACUCUGGAUGAUGAAUUUCAGUCAGCCUCAGAGGUUGACUUCUACAUUGAUAAGGACAUGAUCCACAUCACGGACACCAAGGUCGCCAGGUGCUAUGGGAAUUUCUUUACCUGUCAGAUCCACAAAUUCGAGGAGCUUAAUCGAACCCUGAAGAAGAUGGGACACAGACCCUGA